CUUUCUGCCAGGUGCAGACGAGAAGGGAGGGCCUGAGAGGCCUCGUGCGGCCGUCCGUGCAGCUGCGAGGGGGGUCGACUCGGGAGCCAGUGGCCGGCCAGCGGGCCCCACCUCCCCGGUCCUCGCUCCUCCCGGUCUCGUGGGGACCCAGCGCCCCCCAGGAUGUUCAAGAAAUUUGAUGAAAAGGAGAAUGUAUCCAACUGCAUCCAGCUGAAAACAUCUGUUAUUAAAGGCAUUAAGAAUCAACUGAUAGAUCAGUUUCCUGGUAUUGAACCAUGGCUUAACCAAAUCAUGCCAAAGAAAGACCCUGUUAAGAUAGUACGAUGUCAUGAACAUAUAGAAAUCCUCACAGUAAAUGGUGAAUUGCUGUUCUUCAGGCAAAGGGAAGGGCCUUUUUAUCCCACACUGAGAUUACUUCAUAAAUAUCCAUUCAUUCUACCACAUCAACAAGUGGAUAAAGGAGCCAUUAAAUUUGUACUUAGUGGAGCAAAUAUAAUGUGUCCUGGGCUGACAUCUCCAGGAGCUAAACUUUAUCCUGCUGCUGCUGAUACAAUUGUGGCAAUAAUGGCGGAAGGAAAGCAACAUGCACUGUGUGUUGGAGUCAUGAAGAUGUCAGCAGAUGAUAUAGAGAAAGUCAACAAAGGGAUUGGCAUUGAAAACAUCCAUUAUUUAAAUGAUGGUCUCUGGCAUAUGAAGACAUAUAAAUAAAUCAGCUACUGCAACACCCAAGGGAACGUGCUUCCUAUCAGCAUGGACUGCUUUGUAAUUCUUUUGUUUUUAAUGUGUGACUGAAUGUACAAACUUAUUUUGUUCUGUGGCUAUACUAAAUAAAUCAGGUGAAUGCGGAAA